AUGCCGAGCAAGCGAGAGCCUGGCGUAAUGCCCGACGCCGAGCAUCACACCAAGGACCAUGGCAAUCACGAGCAUCCUCAUCCUUCCUUGAUCCCGCUUCAAUUCCGCAGGCCGAGCGGCGGCCUCGUGAGCAUCGUGCAGGCGCUCUCGUCGCUCCUCUUCAAGUUCAGCGUCUACGUUUUCUUGCGCUGGAUUCCCACCUCUUUGGCCUACCCCGUCAUUCCAACGUUGUACGCCGUGUACGUGCUCACAUCCAUCUACCGCGACUAUACCAUCCGCAACGCCAUCUCCAGCCAUCUUGCCAAAGAUGCUGCACGAAGCCUCCAGCAACUCGCAAAUAAGGUCGAGGUGACGGAUUCCAAGAUCCAGUCCAAGUCCACCGCAAAGCCGGUCGAGAACAAACCUAUCGGACAAAACGGAGGCACGCCCACCAAGCCCGCAUCUUCGUCUGCUUCGUACGCCGAUGUGGCAAAAGGCGUCAAAGCCGCUUCUUCAUCACAGUCCUCAUCUGCUUCGUCGGCUCACUCGGCUGCGGGUACCAAGCUGCGUCGCACCAACCCCGUGGAAAUGCUCAAAGCGCUCGUGUUGGGCACCUCGACUCGAUCGUCUCGCUUCAACUUUUACGUCGUCUUGGCACACACGCUAGCCUUCGCGCUUUUCCUCGACAGCUUCUUCUCGCCCUACCUUUUCCCGUCUCACUGGGACUACAACCUCAGCUUUGCACGCACCGGUGCUCUGGGUCCCACGUAUGCCAAGAUUCACGUACGCUACCCACCUCCCGAGUUGCUAGGUGCGCCAAACGCAUCCGCUGUACUGUCACCUCAGCUUGUGGACGCUAUCGACGCCCUUGCUGUCGACACUGCGCUCAGUUCCGCCACUCACAAAGCUACGAGCAGCCCGCAACCCAUUGAGCUGCUCGUCAAGUAUCGACGUGCCCUCAACCUUACUCUGGACGACGAUGCUCUCCGCUCGACCCCGCGAGCAUUUGGCAAGCAGUACCUGGCCAACCACGACAGUCUCUGGCUCAACGGCCCACUCAUCACGCUGCGUGCCGAGAACGACUGGACAGCCACCGCGCUCAUCGACGAGCUCUGGCCUUCGACCACGUACGAAUGGGGUUUGUCGCAAUUCCAGCCCGAGCAGCAAGACUACUCGGACGAGCUGCGAGUCAUUGAAAAGUUUGUCGCAAACGACGACAUCAGCCGCCGCAACUACUUCACCACCUGGCCCGAUCCGCGGCUCAGCUCGUACAUGCAGUCCAAGACCCUAGGAUCGAGAAGCAUCGAGCUCGUCAAGGACGGCGACAGUGAGUUGGCCGAGCAAACCAACCCGCUCGAAGACCCAAACCACUUCACCUUUGCAUCGACAUCGUGUGUCAAACCCGACUUCCCAUACCACCCAGCACAGUUCUGGGGCUGGAACUGGUUGCUCAGGCUCGCAGGUAUCGGUACGGAGCAAGGUGGUAUCACCGAGCGGAACCGCAUCCCUGGCUUCGACCUGCUCUACAAGCGAACCGUAGCUGGUCGUGAAUCGCAUCCCUCGCUGCGCUUCCUAUUGCAGCUCGGCGAUCUGAUCUACGCCGAUGUGCCACAUUAUGGAGGUGCCGAGACUGGAGCCUACCGCAAGCUAUACCGCAAUCUGUUUGCAUCUCAAAGCUUCCGUCGUUUCUUCAAGCACGUUCCCGUGAUCGGCAUCUACGACGACCACGAGGUGAUCAACAACUGGUCUGGCAGGGAUGAGAACGACGAAGAGAUCGCCGCCUACCCAUCAGCCAACACGGCAUGGAAGGAAUACAUUGGCGACGUCAACCCAGAGCCGUUGGAAGCGGGCGAGAACUACUACACGUUCCAAUACGGGGAGUCGGCCGCCUUCUUUGUCAUGGACACGCGUCGAUACCGAACCCACCACACUGCCGACGACGAUGAGGACAAGACGAUGCUUGGUUACCGCCAGAAGGAGGAUCUAUACAAGUGGCUUGCAGCGGUCAACGAGACGGCGGCGUUCAAGUUUGUGGUGAGCUCGGUGCCGUUCAACACCCUGUGGGGAGGCGAGCUCGACGUCGACGGGCAGAAGGAUAGCUGGGCAGCGUACAACACGGAACGACUCGAGAUCGCCCAGGUGCUUCGCUACGUUCCCAACGUGAUCGUUCUCAGCGGUGACCGACACGAGUUUGCUGCCGUCAGCGUGCUGGACACUAUCACCGAGUUCAGCACGAGCCCGCUCAGCAUGUUCUACCUGCCCGUGCGUACGCUUUCGCAAGACCACGGUGACGGCAAGACGGGUGUGGACAAGCUGCUCAAGUAUCUGCCCGACGGCAACUACAAGUGGACCGAAUUCGAGGUGGAUGCGCGCGACCCUUACAAGCCUAUGGUGAAGGUGUCGGUGCAGAUCGAUGGGGAAGAGGCAUGGAGGAUGACGUACGUGGGCAAGUCGAUGCGCAAGUCGCAAGGUCGUGUGGGCGGCUUGGUGCGCACCUUGCUCGAGUCGUUGGGUUUCCGCUUCGAUUUCUUCUACAAGGUGUGA